CCAAGCAUACAUCUCUGUUUUUUUUCUUAAUUUUGGUCUUUUCGUUGGAUUUUCCCUUUCUUUUUUUUUUUUUUCCUCGUCCCCCCUCCUUUCUAUCGCUCAGUUUUGAGCGAAGGUUUACAUUUUUAAAAAUUUUGCUUUUCAGCCCGCCUUGAUGUAGCGCGAGUCUCAUCGACUCAAAAAAAAAAAAAAAAUCUGUGGUUGGCUUUUUUUUUUCCUUUUUUUUUUUUUUUUUUUAAUAUUUUCAAAGGGGAGGAGAUUUUCCACAAGAAAAGGUUGUUUUCAUGUUUGGGAUCCAGGAAAGCAUCCAACGGAGUGGAAGCAGUAUGAAGGAAGAGCCGCUGGGCAGCGGCAUGAACGCGGUGCGGACGUGGAUGCAGGGCGCCGGGGUGCUGGACGCCAACACAGCGGCGCAGAGCGGGGUGGGUCUGGCCCGGGCUCACUUUGAGAAGCAGCCGCCUUCUAACCUGAGGAAAUCCAACUUCUUCCACUUCGUCCUGGCUCUCUACGACAGACAGGGCCAGCCCGUGGAGAUUGAGAGGACGGCCUUUGUGGGGUUCGUGGAGAAGGAAAAAGAAGCCAACAGCGAAAAGACCAAUAAUGGGAUUCACUACCGGCUCCAGCUCCUCUACAGCAAUGGGAUAAGGACUGAACAGGAUUUCUACGUGCGCCUCAUCGACUCCAUGACAAAACAAGCCAUAGUGUACGAAGGCCAAGACAAGAACCCUGAAAUGUGCCGAGUGUUGCUCACACACGAGAUCAUGUGCAGCCGCUGUUGUGACAAGAAAAGCUGUGGCAACCGAAAUGAGACUCCCUCAGAUCCAGUGAUAAUUGACAGAUUCUUCCUGAAGUUUUUCCUUAAAUGCAACCAAAAUUGCCUAAAGAAUGCAGGAAACCCACGUGACAUGCGGAGAUUCCAGGUCGUGGUUUCUACCACAGUCAACGUGGAUGGCCAUGUCCUGGCAGUCUCUGAUAACAUGUUUGUCCACAAUAACUCCAAGCACGGGCGGAGGGCUCGGAGGCUUGACCCCUCGGAAGGUACGCCCUCUUAUCUGGAACAUGCUACUCCCUGUAUCAAAGCCAUCAGCCCGAGUGAAGGAUGGACGACGGGAGGCGCGACUGUGAUCAUCAUAGGGGACAAUUUCUUUGAUGGGUUACAGGUCAUAUUCGGUACCAUGCUGGUCUGGAGUGAGUUGAUAACUCCUCAUGCCAUCCGUGUUCAGACACCUCCUCGGCACAUCCCCGGCGUGGUGGAAGUCACAUUGUCCUACAAGUCUAAGCAGUUCUGCAAAGGGACACCAGGCAGAUUCAUCUACACAGCACUCAAUGAACCCACCAUCGACUAUGGUUUCCAGAGGUUACAGAAGGUCAUCCCCCGGCAUCCUGGUGACCCAGAGCGCUUGCCGAAGGAAGUGAUCCUUAAAAGGGCUGCGGAUCUGGUUGAAGCUCUGUACGGGAUGCCCCACAACAACCAGGAGAUUAUCCUGAAGAGAGCUGCCGACAUUGCAGAGGCUCUGUACAGUGUCCCUCGAAACCACAACCAGCUCCCAGCCCUUGCUAACACUUCAGUCCAUGCAGGGAUGAUGGGUGUGAACUCCUUCAGUGGACAACUGGCUGUGAAUGUCUCUGAGGCAUCACAAGCCACCAAUCAAGGUUUCACCCGCAACUCAAGCAGUGUGUCACCACAUGGCUAUGUGCCGAGCACCACCCCACAGCAGACCAACUAUAACUCUGUCACCACAAGCAUGAACGGCUACGGCUCUGCCGCCAUGUCCAAUUUGGGUGGCUCCCCAACCUUCCUCAAUGGCUCAGCUGCCAAUUCACCCUAUGCCAUUGUGCCAUCCAGUCCCACCAUGGCCUCAUCUACAAGCCUCCCCUCCAACUGCAGCAGCUCCUCGGGCAUCUUCUCCUUCUCACCAGCCAACAUGGUCUCCGCCGUGAAACAGAAGAGUGCUUUCGCACCAGUUGUCAGACCCCAAACCUCCCCGCCUCCCACCUGCACCAGCACCAACGGGAACAGCCUGCAAGCGAUAUCUGGCAUGAUUGUCCCUCCCAUGUGAAAGAAUUGCCUUGAAGAAUUUUAUUAAUGAAGAGGUUGGAUUCUGCUACGAAAGUAAUCUGACAUGAGUCCCAGAGUGGAACUUUUAACUCAGGCCUUUUUAAGAGGAAUCACACAAUAACUGCAGAUUUUUAAACAAAAUCACCGACCUUGCAAAUACUGAUAUUGGAAAGGGGAUCUGCCAGAGCAGGGUGUUGGUUAAAGUUGUACCCCCCAAGUAUCUGGGGGAUAUAUUUAUUCUGUAUUGAUAAAAAUCAAACCACGUUUUCUUUUUCUUUCUUUUUUUUUCUUAAGCUUAACUCUGCAACCAUUUGUCUUUUAUAAACCAUUAGCUACACCCAAGGGCCACUAUAAAUAAGACUCCAUGUUUUAAUUUAUGAUGUUUUUAAAGCUAUGUAAGGGGAGAAUGAAGUGGUGAUAUUUACAAAAAAGCUAAAAAGGAAAAAAAAGAAAAACAGGGAAAAAAUAAAUUUAAAAAAAGAAAAAAAAAAAGCUUGUAUGGGACAGAAUAGGAAUGCCAGUUAGAUUUUUUAGAAAACUAAGGGUCGGCUUCUGCGCCUUAAAGCAUAUCAAUGGUAGUUAGCUCAGACAGUGCAUUUUCAAUAUCUAACUUAACAGGCCAUCCCUUAGCAGUGCAAGCUUCCUUCUCUCUUUUGUAUGGUUGUCUUAAGUAACUGUGUAAAUAAGUGUAGCCUGGAAAGUUACCAAGCGA